GGAGCGCCCAUCGACGUUGCUCCAGAACUUUCAUAGUCUCGUCACCUUGAAGGAGCACCGUUGCUGCCGGUCUAGAUUCACUGUUGGACUCUCGUCACGCUCUCCUUCCUCACCAGCUUCUUCCUCGUAUGCUUCUCCCUAGCUGUUGUUUUGUGCGCUUCAGUGGUCGCCGCAAGAGCUUUAUUUCAUUCUGGAACAUGAGCUAGGAGAGUUCACAGGGAGAAACUCUGGGCAUUUCUGCUAGUGCUGCCGAACGGACAUACAGGCGUUUUUGCUGAUAGUGCUACAGCGGAAUGAAUUGAGGGUCAUUAGAUUCUGGAAAUAAGCUUCUUAGAAAAUUCCUUGGUUCCUUAAAUUUCGAGACGAGCAAGUGUUUGUUUAUGACAUCUGACUUAAGAGGGCACAUGCUUGGACCCGUGUGUUGCGGCCUUUCUGCAGUCGGGAACCCCCCUUCUAAUCGAUCCCCAGUACGUUUCGAGGGAUCUUUCUUACACACUCAAAAAACACAUUCACCUCAGUCAGCAAAAGUGGCGCUCCCUACGCUACACCCCUCUAGUCCUCGUGCCCAUAGUUUAAAACUCGUGACACGGGCGCCGGCCACUGCUUCUUUGUCAAGAACAUUCCGGAGGUCGGAUGCGGGGACCAAAUCGCUUCAAGAUGCAUCCUUACCAUCAAACCAAGAGACAUGUGGUCACAUGUUUCCUUGCUCUAGCAUGACAAGUUUUCACAACCAUGCAAGCUCCUGUAUUUUGGCAGCUGAUGGGAAAGUGGGUGCAACAAUUUGGCAUGCGCUUCUUCCCGCAAGACAUCUUACACCUUUGGAAUGCGAUUCCAACCUGCCCUCAAUUCGAUCAUUAUCUGCUGGAAGAAGUGGAAUCGAUCCUGUUGCAAAUAUGAUUCUUGGAAGUCCUGACCCCACUUUGGUCAAUAGUCCCUCGAAGUCUUUGGGAACUCUUCGGUCAGGUAUAUUGUCGGUGGAUAAUAUUGGCCUCCCAAGACUGAGCAGCUUGAAUGUCAGAACUGCUAUGGCUGGUUGUCUGAGCGAAGGAUCAUGGAAUGUUGCUUGGGAUGCGCGUCCGGCCCGUUGGUUGCAUGGCCGCCAUUCUGCUUGGCUUCUGUUUGGUGUUUGCGCCUGCUUUUCGGCAGCCGCUGUGCCGUUGAUAACUGCGGAAUCGUCUCCUGUUGUUGCUGAAGCUGUUGUAGAUAGUCUACCUCCACCAACUGCUCUCUCAGAUCCUGAAAAUAAAUCCGCGGACCCAACUCUGGUAACACCGCAAACCGAACAUUGUGGACACGGGAAGGAAAUUAUUACAGAUUACACUGUCACUGGGAUCCCUGGAGAUGGGCGGUGUCUAUUCCGUGCUGUGGCACAUGGCUCAUGUUUGCGCCGCGGGAAAGAUGCUCCAGACGAGACAGCUCAACGGGAGCUUGCUGAUGAAUUACGUAACAAAGUCGCCGAUGAGCUAAUCAAGCGAAGAGAUUCAACCGAGUGGUUCAUUGAGGGAGAUUUUGACCAAUAUGUAGAGCGGAUGCGCCAGACGUAUGUGUGGGGUGGUGAACCAGAGCUUCUCAUGCUUUCCCACGUACUUGAAAUGCCUAUUACAGUGUACAUGACUGAAGAGAAAACCAAAAGCGGCUUGAUUGCCAUAGCUGAAUAUGGUCAAGAGCACGGUAAGAUUGACCCGAUUCGGGUCCUCUAUCAUGGAUUUGGUCACUAUGAGGCAUUGCAGAUUCCAAACAGCAAGGCUAACUCGAAAUUGUAAACUGAGAUUUGUAGGCGGGUAGCGUAUCAUGGCAUUGCUUGUAAUGCUAAGAGGGUUGGAGCUGAAAUUCAUAGCUCAUGUGUUGCGAGAUUUAUCUUCGGCGAGAUCAGUUGAUUUAAUUACAUUGAAGAGGCCCGAGCUGGGCAUUAUAGUCAUUCUUUCAUUAUUAAUGAAAAUGUGGGGAUUGUGACCUGCUCAAAGUUGAAAGAUAUUUUGUGCGAAGAUGAGAUAUUAUUGUGAGAUUGAUAGUUUUACGUGGAGAUGGUAGCGUCACGAAACCCAAGCACCCACCGUCUUUAUCUGUGAAGUUGGAGACUCUGAGAGGAGCCUGUGCACUCGAGCUCAAGGUACAUUCUCAAAGCAGAGGUCAUAAAGAAGUAGUUGGGUUCUCAAACUGCCACUUGGAGUGCAAUAUUCUUUAAAUAUCUUAACUUUCUGAUGUUAACCAGUCCUCAGUAGCACUGUACAUGCAUGUCAGUGAUAGUUGUCGCUUUUUGCAGGGCGUACAUGAAUACUGACAUUCGAACUGAUAUACUGUGUCACAAUGCAAUGAAUGCAGAGGUGAUGACCAGGCCACUUUAAACUAGGGCUUUCCCUGAAAUAGCUAAUCUACCUUAUUCUAGGGUCGCGGCCAGGUUUUAUUUUAGGUGAACUAGUAAUAGAUGAAAUACAUCUACAUAGCUGUUUAAAAUCAUUUAUCAUGGUCAAAUUCGACAUACCCUGUUGAACUGUUUCGAGUGCAGAAUACUCUCGAGCGAGAAGUCUGUAAGUUUAAUCAAAUUUAUUUAUUAACUUUAGGACUUCAGUACUUACACAGUAAUUACAAGCAACCAUAACAUGUAAUAUCCAUAAAAGAAUUAUGUGCAAUAAAUAUAAAUUUUAUGAGUUGAGACA